UAUGGAAAGACCCUUAGUAACAUACGACUUUCAACUUGUAACCAUAAAUGAAGCAGAUUCGGAUUCUUUGCGACUGUUGUGUCGCAGCUGCUGGUCACAACCACAUUCGCAAUCAUUUCUUGCAAUGUGACGGAGCCUAAAGGCGACACAGGUAUAGGAUGAACUGUGUGGAAAUAAGAUCCUGAUUGAUAGUGACUGCAGAAGAGGUGUCCUGCCCAGACCAGGGCGGUCCAGGCUUCAUUACUACAAACUGUUUCAGCUACUUGGUGCUUGAUUGGAAAUAGUCUGCAGGCUGUGCAGAGGGUCAUUACUUUAGUGCAGCCCCUCUGCUUGGAGCUCAUUAAGCCUGAGGAGUCUCCUUCUCCUAAACCAACAGCACUUAGAAGGAAUUAGCAUGAACGCCUUUGGGCACCAUUCAGCCCCUUCUCAGCCAGGAUACCCCUAUGCCCAGGAAUUAGUGGAUAUGGCAGUCUACUGCGGAGACAACUUUAACCUGUAUCAGCAGAACCUGCACCAGCCUCAGAAGCCACAUUCAGGGUAUGGUAUCACAGACUAUCCAGGGCCCAAUACCAACCCAUAUUGGUGGUUUGGUGGCUCCACCAUUAACCCUUCUUCUUCUUACCUCAAUGGAAAUGGCUCCAAGUAUUUGCCAACUGGUUACGCCAACAGUCAAGCCCAGGUUGUGUCUCAUUCCUCCGGUUAUGGAGCAGCAGAGUUGCCCUGGUUGACUUAUCCAAACCAAGAGAACUUGAUCCAAGGGGUGAGACCCCCUUAUUCCUACUCUGCCUUAAUAGCCAUGGCUCUUCAGACCACUCCUGAGAAGAAGCUGACCCUCAGCCAGAUCUAUAACUAUGUGGCAGAGAAUUUCCCCUUCUAUAGGAAGUGUAAGGCUGGCUGGCAAAACUCCAUCAGACACAACUUGUCCCUAAAUGAGUGCUUCAAGAAGGUGGCCAGGGAUGACACCGACCCAGGGAAAGGGAACUAUUGGAUCCUUGAUCCAAACUGCGAGAAGAUGUUCGAGAACGGUAACUUCAGACGGAAGAGGAAAAAGAAGUGCGACAACAACCCGAGCCGUGGGUCUGAACUCUCCGAAAAGUUAGAUGACAAAAGUAACGUGAAGUCCCCAAGGUCUGACAGCCUUGUGGGAACUCCAGAGAGCAAAAUGAAAUCGUCUCCACGGUCUUCUCCAGCUUUAGACACCAGCCCUUGUUUGGCCGGCUUCACAUCCGCCAUGAACGCAGUGAAGAGUAAUGGGGCACCCAUUCAGCUCAAUGGGGACUUCUUAACCUCCAAGCACUAUUUCACUGGACUCUCUUCUUACCCCAUCAACCACAAUUCAUCCCAACCUGGAGAACCUGUUGCUCAGGCCAACAUCAGGCAUAGGUGUUACCCAACCAAGCAGAACAGCCUGUACUCUUCCCUGGUCAACCCUCUACAUGCCAGCCACAUGCUCUAUAACCAGGAAGCGGAGGUGUGAUGGGGACAGUUUCAUUUAUGUGAUAUUUAGCGUUGUUGUUGUGUUUUUUUACCUGCUGUGACUUGGUUUUUACCCUUUUUACUGUGUUGAAUUAUUGGACUCGAUCCAUGGGGCAUGCACUGGUCAAAUGCAAUGUACCUCAAAUUCUCUUGGCAUGGAGAACAGUCUUGAAGGAACUAAGGUGACUAUUAGAGAUGAGCGAAGUUACAGUGAUUCGAUUCGUCACGAAUAGAGAUGAGCGAACUUACAGCAAAUUCGAUUCGUCACAAACUUCUCGGCUCGG